AUGUCCCAUUACGCUGGGUACGUGGAAGAUGAAUACGAAAUGGAAGAUGUAGAUGGUGAUAUGGAUGACGAGUUUCGUGGUAGAGAAAUGGGCGGCUCAGAUUCUGAUGUUGAUGAAUAUGACUACUUGAAUAGCAAAGCAGCUGAUACAACUGCUGCUCAAGCAAGAAAAGGAAAAGACUUCCAAGGUAUUCCUUGGGAUAGACUUAGCAUUACUAGAGAAAAAUACCGGCAAACUAGUGAUGUGGAAGUGUCAGUUUCGACUACUAAGAGUAACUUGAUCGUGAUUCUUUUCUCUUUGGCAAACCGGAUGGCAAAGAUACAAAUCCUUUCUAUUAUGAGUUCAGAAGAAAUGCUAGAUCAGUGA